UACAGUGAAUAGCUACGCAACGUACGUGCACAGCACAGAUUAUUUUGUGGAUUGCUGCAUGUUGCCAUCUAAUCGUCCGUGUUGCUCUGUUUCAGGGCCUUUGCUCAUAAUCUCAAGAUCAAAUUCUGUGAUGCAGUUGUGGAUCUGAUCUGACCUCUGAAGUUUGCUCCGGCCUCAAUGACCUUCCACUACCAGUGAAAUGACCCAGUUCAAUGGGAGAUAAGGUGUAACGAGUUAACGUGUACGCGUUGUAGCAUCCAUUCGUAGUUGUUGUCGAUCACUCGAUGUCUGUCUGGUGUGAGCUGUUUUACUUUUAGUCUCUUCUACUUCUAGUUCUACCAAUACAAUGUAAUGCCCAAGUGCUACUUGGUCAAACUGUAACCUGACUUGGUCUUAAAAUUGAUGACUGUAAACUGAUUUUAUUUGGAUGGAUUAAUCUUGAAUCUCAAUCUGAUCUGUGCAGGACAUUUCUAAACAUUGACUUGUUGACUUGUUUUAUUCCACAAAGCUCAAGAAUUCAUUAAAAAUGGAAAAAGCAGAAAAUGCUGAUGUUCAGAACUUGCAGAAUGCUGCAGGAGACAGCGUUGCCAGUCCAAACACAAGACGCCGUCUCCUCAGGUUGAAGGCCCCCAAGCUCCACAUCAAAAUCCCGUUCCUGAAGCGAGGCGCCCAUCUUGACAAUGGGCGGGAAUGCCGCAGUGCCGAUGUCGUCAGUCAGUCCCUUCCGGCGGAGUCGUACAUGCCUAAGAUGUGUGAAGUCGAGUUGUACCAUGAUUGCAGUGAGUGUAGUGAAGCCUCUGAGAACCUUCCAGGAGACCAUCCCGAUUCUUCUACCGACAUCACCAAGCCAAUUCCAGUGGAAGAGGAAGACGAGGCCGACUCUGACAAGCACCAGAGUGACCUCGAUGAAAAUGAAAAAGACAACGAAGAAGAGUCGAAAGAAAAUGGACAAGAUGUCUCCAAGGAAAAUGUGGAAGAGAGUGAGAAGACAUCAACUGAAGAAGUCACGCCAAAAGGCUGUCUGAAACCCUGUUUGAAGGUUCGUUACCAUGGUCGACGAAGGGCCAGUACUUACCCGGGACCUGUAGACUGCCUGGAGGCCAGCUUCAAGAGGUGCGUAACGUUCUCACCAGACACUGUAGAACCCACCACCAGAGAUUGCAAGUACCGGGAGUGGAUGGAGAAGAAGUGCCUACACCCCAAGAGCCCCCAAGUCAACGUCAAGCACGAGAAGAGGAAGUGCCAACUGAACCAGAUGAGAAAGGUGAAUAUCUCUGACUACAUGUCCAAGGGCUAUGGGUCAUCUUUCUUUAAUCCUAUUGGAAGCUAUGGAGGUGACAUGCUCCUGUAAUCUAUGAGGCUGGGUAUGAAAUGAAGCAACCAAUGAACUGCUUUGAUGAUGCAUUCAUCUACUGAUUAGCCAAUCAUCUACCAUGAUGAUGAAUAUGAAAAGGGAAGCCAAUCAAGUACGGGUGCAAUGAAUAUUCAUCUGCUGAUUAAUCAGUCAGCUGUGUGUAUGAUGCAUUCAUCUGCUGAUUAGCCAAUUAACUUUGAUGAUGAAUAUUCAUCAGUUUAAACAAUCAUCUAUUUGGAUGAUGAAUAUUCAACUGCUUAACCAAUCAACUUUUUGAUUAUAUAUGAUAAUUUGCUGAAGUAACCAAUUACAACUGCCAGAAAAAAAUGAAUAUUCAUGUGUACUCUUCCUGUGAUUGGCUCGUCAAUGGAGGUGUGUCAUCCAGGAUUGAUCUGAGCAUACUACAAAGAAAAAUGAUGUCCUGCCCAAUUAAAGUGAUCUGGUAUCUUAGCCUCAGAUUAUAAAUAAGAUCCUGUACCGUUAUUUAGCUCAUGCUGCAAUCAUGAUUAUAAACCUUUAGGUCAGUCAGGAACCCCAUUGAUUCUACAAGCCGAUCGCCUGUCUGAUUAUCAAAAUAUUUAUGAUUGUAAUUAGAAAUGUCAAAGACUGUUUGCCAAAAAGUUUUGAACAAUACUACAGUCUAUUGGGGAAAUGAGUACCGGUAUGGUAAAUCUGGUCCUUUUUGAACCCCUUCAUGAUCAUUUUGAAGCACAAUUUUUUUAGGGCGUCAAUAUUUCACCAUAUCAUAGACAAUGAUUUAACACGUAGGGCCAUGCAUCUCAGAUUUGUAAAACUUGAAACAUUGUUAAACAAUGCCUUUAAGGAACAUUUCCAUUUUAUAUUUUUAUAUCAGCAUUUUAUCUACGUAAUCCACCAAGAAAUAUUAAUUUUGUGAAAGUAACUUUGUUCAAUUCUUGUUUCGCUAGGGAUCAUGCAUAGCAGUUGUGAAUUAAGCUUCAUCAAGUUCACCUUUCCACCCUUACCUAACAAAGCAGCAAAGCUUGUAGACUUGUAGUGCCAUGGACAUUGUAAGUUGUAGGCUAGUUGAUGGAACCAUUGAUGUUCAAUGGUCAGAAUUUUGUGUAGGAUAUUACCUUCUUCCAUGCCAUGGACGGUAUGUGAGGUUUGACCUAAAAUACUAUUUUUUUCUUCCUUUCAAAAGGUAAUUGUGAGGGUUGUUGAUUUAUUGGUAAAGCAAAUUAAUUCUCUUCAAAAGAGAGUUAAAGUUUGCACCAACUCAAUUCAAUAUGUUGUCAAUCAGAUCCACAUGACUGUCCCUUCUAAAAAUGAUGUGUAUUUUGUAUAGAGUUACAUGCAAAAGAAAUGAAUUUCCGAAGUGGACUGAUACAGAAGUACUGUAGCUUCUGACCAAUUUUUAUUAUGUGUUGUGUUGGAUGCCAUUAGGGCCUGGGGUCAAAUGUCAGUAGGAGUUCUCUUGUGUUAAUAAUAAUUCCAUCUUUUUUGUACUUACCUGGACUAAACUAGAAGCCAGGUAAAGACUAUUGGGAUCCUAAAUACAAAGGUUAUUAUUAAAUAUGUAAGAUUAUACAGCUAUUUUGUAGGACAUAUACUUGUAUACUGUACAUGUAAAUGGAUAAUGUCUUUCAUUGAUAAUUUGAUUAAUUGGAUAUUUAACCCAUUUGAAUGAUUCCCUAAAA